AAGUAGGAAGAAGGUUUUGCGGAGUGCUUUACCGCUAGUGCUGCACUUCACUUUUAAUUGUGGGUAUCCUAGUUUAAAAUGGCAGAUGAGUCUGCGGUUAAGGUCUGUGUCAGGGUUCGCCCGUUAAUACAGAGGGAACAGGACAGCACAGAAGUCACAGACCUGGUCCCUGUGCAUUGGAAAGCUGACAAACAGGCUAUCCAUCAAGUGGAUGAGGGCUGUAUCACCAAGACUUUUAAUUUUGACAGAGUGUUUAGUGCUGUAGAAACAACGAAACAGUUGUACCAGGAGAUCGCCAAGCCCUUGGUGGUGUCCACUGUUCAGGGUUACAAUGGAACGAUAUUUGCAUAUGGACAAACGUCUUCCGGAAAGACCUUCACUAUGAUGGGGAGCAGUCAUAUGCCUGGGGUGAUUCCGCUGGCCAUGGAGGACGUCUUCCUGACCAUCAAAAAUUGCCCUAAGAAGGAGUUCCUCCUGCGGGUGUCCUACAUGGAGAUCUACAAUGAGACCGUCACUGACCUGCUUUGUGACAGUUGGAAGAGGAAGCCUUUGGAGAUUCGUGAAGGGAACUAUAAAAAUGUCUAUGUGGCCGACCUGACAGAGGAAUUGGUUACGUCUGCUGAUCAAGCCCUUGCCUGGAUCAGGAAAGGCGAAAAGAACCGGCAUUAUGGGAAGACCAAGAUGAACCAACGCAGCAGCCGUUCCCACACAAUUUUCCGCAUGAUUCUUGAAAGCCGUGAGAGGAGUGACCCAGCCUCUGGAGAGAACGCUGAUGGCGCCAUCAUUGUGUCUCAUCUGAACCUGGUGGACUUGGCAGGGGCGGAGAGGGCCAGCCAGACUGGAGCUGAGGGUGCCAGGCUUAAAGAAGGCUGUAAUAUAAAUCGCAGCUUGUUCACACUUGGGCAGGUUAUCAAAAAGCUGUCUGAAGAAAGCCAAGGGGGUUUCACCAACUACAGAGAUAGCAAACUCACCCGCAUUCUGCAGAACUCCCUGGGUGGCAAUGCGAAGACAGUCAUCAUCUGCACUAUAACUCCGGCCACCGUUGAUGAGACACUCAGUACACUUCAGUUUGCCAGCACAGCAAAACGAAUGAAGAAUGACCCGCAUGUCACAGAGGUGUCGGAUGAUGGUGCUCUUCUCAGAAGAUACCGGAAUGAGAUUGUGGAUCUUAAGCGUCGUCUGGAGGAGGUCUCCACAGUCACACGGACAGCCGAGACUGAGAAGGAGGUCCUGGCGCAGCUACUACAAGAGAAGGAUCAACUGCAGAGAGAGCAGGAGGACAGGAUCAAGAACCUGACAAACAUCAUUGUCACCUCCACAAAGUUUGUUGCUGUCAAGAAGGUGCCAAAGCGCAGGAUGACCUGGGGAGGGAAGCUGCUGAGGCCACCACUGGAAGCCCAGAGCUGUGCUAACAGCGAACUGAGCUUUGCUGAGCCUUCAGUUAAGAGAAGGAAGGCGGAGCUACAGUCCUUGGGGGAGGCAGAUGAGGCAGAAGGGGAUGACUUUGACUCCCGAUGGGACAAUCUUGAGCAGCUGGGAUUAGAUGGGGACAUGAACCAGAGUAGCAUAACCAUUCGCAGCUUUUAUGAAGGAGAGUUCUCCUCUCCUUGUUUGAAUGAGCUGUCUGAGAAGGUGGCUGGUUUGGAGCUGCAACUUAAGACUGAGGCUCUGGAGAAGCAGGUGGCCCUGGAGACCAAGGCUGCUUUGGAGAGCAGGUUGGCUGAGCUAGAGCUCAAGGAGCAAGAGAAAAAGGCUUCAUUAGAUGUCAGUCUGACUGAGCUGGAGGCUGAGGUCCAGGAGAAACAAGAAGCCUUGGAGACCAGAACUGCUCUAGAGGUCAGACUGGCUGAGCUGGAGGCUGAGGUCCAGGAGAAACGAGAAGCCGUGGAGACCAGAACUGCUCUAGAGGUCAGACUGGCUGAGCUGGAGGCUGAGGUCCAGGAGAAACGAGAAGCCGUGGAGACGAGAGCUGCUCUAGAGGUCAGACUGGCUGAGCUGGAGGCUGAGGUCCAGGAGAAACGAGAAGCCGUGGAGACGAGAGCUGCUCUAGAGGUCAGACUGGCUGAGCUGGAGGCUGAGGUCCAGGAGAAACGAGAAGCCGUGGAGACGAGAGCUGCUCUAGAGGUCAGACUGGCUGAGCUGGAGGCUGAGGUCCAGGAGAAACGAGAAGCCGUGGAGAUUAAAGUAGCUGAGCUGCAAUGUCAGCUGGACAUGAGCACACAGUGUCUACCAAAGCCCUCCCAGGAGCAGUAUAAAAAGGACCUUGGUGAGACCAUUCAACUCUGUGAGACCCUGGUCUCUGAGAAGGAAGCCGUAGAGGUGCAGCGCGACCUCGCCAUACAGGAGUGCCUCAUCUUGAAGGAAGAGAAUUGCACCCUGUCACAGGAUAAGGAGAGACUUCUUAGGGAGGUGCAGGAGAAGCAGGAGCUGGAGGAGUUCAGCGCUCUUGAACAGGAGAGCACAAAGCAAUACGAGACUGAACUAAAGGAUGAGAUCGCCAGCCUCCAAAGUGCAGUGCAGCUCUCUCUGACGCGGGCGGCGGAGCUGGAGGUCCGGGCAGCCUCCCUGUCUGCAGAGCUGAAGAGCAAGGACGAGCGAAUCGCGGAGCUGCAGAAUCUGAGCGGCAAGGACCUGGUCCAACAAGUGGAGCGGCUGAGUCGGUCACUAAGCGAUGCAGAGGCGGUCAGCCGUGAUGCUAAACGGGACUGGGCAGUCCUGCGGAGCGAGAAACUGGGGCUGCAGGAGAGUGUCUCAGCACUAACAGAGAGCUCUGAAAAGCUGAAAGUGGAGGUGCAGACUCUACGUGACCAACAGGGGGCAGACAAGGCCCGCUUUAAGAAGAUGGAGACAGACCUCCAGAGAGAGCUGCAGGGAGCCUUUGAGGAAACCGCUAAGCUGACGGUCCUGCUGGACGGGAAGGUUCCCAGAAGUAUGAGUCUGACCGAUAACAUCGAGUUGGAACGUCAGGUGUCCAGGUUGAAGAAGGAGCUGGAGCUGGCCCAGGAGGAGGUGAAGGGGCUGAGCACCUUCCGGGAGCUCCCUGUCAAGGUGGAGCAGCUGAUGCAGCAGAUCGGCGACCUUACCCAGGACCUGUGCUCCUGCCAGGCUGAGAAGGAGGCGCUGGUGGCUGCGUGGGAGGCCAGCGACGCCAGGGUGCAGAAGCUGAUCGAGGAUCUGCAGCAGGCCCAGGAUGGGCUGGAGCGUGCAGUGGGCACAGAGGCCGAGCUUGAAACACUUCGUGCUGAUGCACAGCACUGGGUCCAGGAGAAGGAGCAGCUCCUUGAAUCAGUGGAGACCCUCAAGCAGGAGGUGCUGCAAAGGCAAGAGGGUGAAAGUUCACUGAAGCACAAACUAGCUGAACAGCAGCGGCUGGUGACGGACCUGCAAAUGAUUCUGGCUGAAUCCCGAGAGACCACCAACCGAAACCAGCAGAGCUUCGAGCAGAAGUCCGAACAGCUCCAGAAAAAGGGUCACCAAUUAGAUGAGGAGCUGGAAGAAUUGAAAGCAGAGAGGAGCCAGCUGAGGAGGGACCUUGAGGAAAAUGCACAGCAGGUACAACAUCGAAUUGAAGAGUUUGAGGAAUUGAGAUUUGAGAGAGAUCAGCUGAAGAGUGAUCUACAGGAAAAUGUGGAGAUGAUGAUUGAGAACCAGGAGGAGCUGAGGGUGGCUCAGGAGAAGAUCAGAGACCAGCAGAAAUGCAUUCAGGACUUGGAGACUCGGACAGGAGAAAUGAAGUCUCAGCUGAUGCACAGCUUGCCUAAUGUUGAAGACCUGAAGGGCCAGAUCCAGCAGCUGAGUGAGGAGCUACAGCUGGUACGCAGUGAGAGAGACUCUCUCCUAUCUGAGAGGACAGACUCUGCUCAGGGAGUGGAGGAGAAGCUGGAGAAGCUACAUUCACAGGUGACCUCCAUCACUCAAGAGAGAAACCAACUCCAGGAGAUACUGGAAGGUGUGAGAGAAGAAAGGAACCAGCUGAAGAAUGACAUAGAGGAGAAUGUCAUGAGGAUCCAGCAACUCGGUCUAGAGCUGCAGGUCAUGCAGAGUGAGAGAGACUCUCUCCUAUCUGAGAGGACAGACUCUGCUCAGGAAGUGGAGGAGAAGCUGGAGAAGCUACAUUCACAGGUGACCUCCAUCACUCAGGAGAGAGACCAACUCCAGGAGAUACUACAGGCUCUAAGAGAAGAGAGGAACCAGCUUAAGAAGGAUCUACAGGAGAAUCUGGAGAAGGCUAUAAAGGUGCAGGAUGACCUGAAGCUGCAGCAGAUCCAAAGUGAAGAAGCUCAGGCUCAGUUUCAGCUGCAGGUACAGCAGCAAGCUGAGGACUUGGAGAGGUUAAAAUCAGAGAGGGGCUGCCUGGAAGAUGAUCUGCAGAAGCAUGUGGGGAAGAUCCAGCAGCUGGGUGAGGAGCUACAGCUGGUACGCAGUGAGAGAGACUCUCUCCUGUCUGAGAGGACAGACUCUGCUCAGGGACUGGAGGAGAAGCUGGAGAAGCUACAUUCACAGGUGACCUCCAUCACUCAAGAGAGAGACCAACUCCAGGAGAUGCUGGAAGGUGUGAGAGCAGAGAGGAACCAGCUGAAGAAUGACAUAGAGGAAAAUGUUGUGAGGAUCCAGCAACUUGGUGUAGAGCUGCAGGUCAUGCAGAGUGAGAGAGACACUCUUCUGUCUGAGAGGUCAAAGACUGCUCAGGGAGUGGAGGAGAAGCUGGAGAAGCUACAUUCACAGAUGACCUCCAUCACUCAGGAGAGAGACCAACUCCAAGAGAUACUGAAGGCUCUGAGAGAGGAGAGGAAUCAGCUGAAGAAUGAUCUACAGGAGAACUUAGAGAAGGUCCUGAAGUUCCAGGAUGAAUUGCAACAUCAGAAGACUUUAAAAGAAGCUCACACUGAACUGCAACUGCAGGUGAAGCGGCAGUCCGUAGAGCUGGAUGCAUUGAGAGAGAAGCGGACACACCUGAAGUGUGACCUGCAGAAGAGUGUUGAGGCGGCUGAGGAGGAACUGCAACAGCAGAAGUCCCAAAGUGAGGACGCACAGACCAUCCUCCAUCUGAAGGUAAAGCAGCUCGGAGAAGAACUGGAGGGAGAAAGAGAAGAAGUGAGACGGUUCAAGAAGAAGCUGGAUGAGGCUUCUGCCAAACUCCUCCCAGAGGCGAGUCAGAGUAGGAGUGUGGCCGAGGAGUCCAGGCGGCUCCUUUAUGGGAAACUGGAGGAGUCCGAGCGCCUCCUGCAGGACCUACUCGAUCGGUGCCAGCUCCUCCGGGAGCAGGCUCUGGGGGCCAGUACUGAGCUGAUGGCCCAGCUGGACGAGUCCUCACUGGUGCAGAAUGAGCUCGUCUUCCGCACGCUGCCUUCCAUCCCCAAAGCCACACGCCAGAUCUACAGGAACGUCCGCAAGAACACGGAUGACUUCAGUGGUUUUGUCUGCCAGACUGCGAGGGUGUAUGCUCACCUGGCUACGGUACACAGGCAGCAGUUUGAGGCACAAGCUCACCACGACCUGGCCUGCAUGGAGGAGAUGCGUCUGCAGGAUCUGCUGCUCCAGCGAGCGCAGGGCCAGCGAACCAUUCAGGGCCAGACUGUGCUGCAGCUGCAGGAUUUGUGGGACCAGCGUGCAUCUGAGCUACUGGAGAAGAGGCAGAGCUGCAUACAGAAGCUGCAGAGCAUUCUUGGAGAGCUGGAGUCGGGUUUGGCCCAGAACUCCGCCUCUGUCCCCCCAGAGUUGGCGGAGCAGCGGUGCACCAAUGAGGAGCUCCGGCCGUUGUGCGAUGGCCCCUCCCUCGACCCAGCGGCGCUGGAAGGCCUGCUGCAGCGUGAGCUGUCCAGGCAAGCGGCAGCCGUACAGCCCAGGAAGGAGCUCUACCAGCGCCUGCAGGCAGAGUACUUUCAGGCCGAUUCGAGGCUGCAGGUGUUCAAGGCCACCGCGCAGCGUCAGCUGAUGGACCAUAGGGGGCGCAGCUUAGCCCUGCUACAGUCCACACAGACAGACCACGAAGGCGCACAGACGGCCGGCUCAGGCAGCCUGCUCAACGACCCCCAGCUGGUUAUCCAGCUGCAGAAGGCUGAGCAGAUGGUCAUGGUCCUGCAGACCCGUCUGAAGCCCCUUGAGAAGAGUCAUGUGGCUGCCUGUGACAAAGCCUCCAAGCUGGCUCAGAAUGUCCUCCUCCUGAAGCAGCAGCUCCAGGAAGUGCAAACCCAGCUUGAGGAGCGACAGAAGGCCGUCGAAAGCCUGAAGAAGCAGCUCGAGGCGCAGGUGAGGAAGGGCGUCGCCCCCGGCACGGAGGAGCUUGAGGAGAUGAAGGCGAAGCUGUUCAGAAUGGAGCUGGAGCAGAGUGCGCAGGCCAGCAGCUGCCAGGAGAAGGUUGCCACGAUGACGGCGUUGCUGGAUCACAAAGAGGAUACCCUCAGGAAGCUGAAGGAGAUGCUGAGAAAGGCACAAAACCAAGGAGAUGAGUCCUUCAUUGCAGGGGGACCGGCCAUUGCCAGGGUGUCCAGUGGAGCAGGUGCGGCUCGCCUGGUCCAGAGCACUGUGCAGGUGGAGCGAGCCAAGCUGGAGAGUGACAUGAAGCACUUGGAGCAGGAGGUGGAGAGAUUGGAGAGCCUAGUUUCCAGCCAGAAGGAGGAGAUCGGCAAGUGGAGGGGGCGUGCCGUGAGACUGAAGGAGACCCAGCGUGACCUGCAGAAGCACGAGCGGCCAUCGCCUGCCCCCCUCACCCCCUCCAAGAGGGGCCAGCUGGCUGCUGCUGACGCCCCCUCCCCCAUGAAGAAGCCGGCUGACAGGAGUGGCCUCCCCGGGCAUGAGGACGGCAGCAGCAAGGCCCCCCCUUCAGACGAGUCGGAUCCAGAGUCGGACCUGCCGACUGCUCUGCCCCCCCCCAGCCCCGACCCGAGUCCUCAGAUGGGACCUGGCAGCACGACAGAAGACAAGUGCAAAGAGUGGUGGCCCAUGUCCCCCAGCCAGGCUGACAACUGCAAGGCCCAGUGAGAUGCGGCCUCCGUUCGCACUUUUUUAAUGUGUGUUUUUGUUUGUUCUGUUCUGUUAUGUUUUCAAGUUAAUAAAACCUUUUCAUUACCA